AUGGCUGAUCAAGAUGCCUUUAAAAAAGCUCUUGCCGAAGCGAGGGCGAAGGCGGCCAAGUUUAGGGAGGAAGGAAAGCUUCCUCCCGAAGACCCAAAUGCUAAAAAUAUUAAGCAUUUCGUGGCCCCGAAAGGAUCGCAACAAAUCAUCGCCGCUGGAGGACAAGAGUAUCGAGAUCUCGGCUUGGGGCGAAGGCCAGCCCGGCUCGCCCUAGAAGACAGAGACCAUGGAUCCAGCUGGAGUGGGAGAGGCGGCGGUGGGGGCGGAGGAUCUGGAGGAUACGUCGGGGCGAGUGGUGCUGGUCCAGAUUAUAGGGAUGCUGCUGGAUCCGCGCAGUCGAGAGAGGGAGGAGAUGAUAGGGACAAUUCGUCGAGAUAUAAUAGAGACUCCUACAACGGCUCCUUUGUCGGUUCCGGCGGAAACGGACCGGGCGGCUAUUCCGGAGGCCGAAAUCAAUACGACAACGAUGGUGGAGGACGAUUUGGAGGCGGAGGCGGAUUCCACCGCGACCGAGAAGACCCAGACGCCGAUUACAAGAUCUUCGUCGGCGGGCUCGAUCGGACAACGACGACCGAAAGACUGCAAGAGUACUUUUCGGCGUACGGGCCGAUUAAAUAUUGCCAAGUCAAAGUUGAUCCGGAUUCGGGUGAAUCGCGCGGCUUCGGCUUCAUCGUCUUCGAAUCGACGCACUCCGUCGACAAUGUCAUCAAGAACCUGCCUCAUUCGAUCGACGGAAAAAGGGUGGACGCGAAGAGACAACACCUCAAGACGAAAAACGGCGACGACAAACUCUUCUGCGGCGGCGUUCCAUCCGACUUCUCCGAUGGCAUGCUUGCCGACUUCUUUACUACCUACGGAAUGGUUGAUGCCGUCGAGCGACCACGUGAUAUGAACACAGGCAUGCCAAAGGGCUUUGCGUUUAUCACCUUCAAGGACCCCGGAAUAGUCGCCAAGAUUGUCACCCAAAGGUGGCUAACACUGCCCAACGGCGCUAGAAUCGAAUGCAAAGCAGCAGUACCUCAAGACAAAUCGAAAAAUAAUGCUGGCACGCAACAGAGUUCUUACGUAUCCGGGUAUUCGGACGGGUACGAUCCGACUGCCGGCGUUGGAUAUACCGGCGAAGACUGGCAAAAAACGGACUGGAGUAAAAUGGCUGAAAAUGAUAUGUUCGUCGCAGGGGGAAAUUCGCAAUCGGCGAUGGGACAGAAUCCUGCGUUCAAUAUGAUGACCGGAAUGGAAGGAAUGAGCCAGAAACAAAUGAACAAGCAAAUGAAGAAGAUGAUGAAGCAGUUUAACACAAUGAUGGAACAGAUGGCGGGCGGUGACCAGAACCAAAUGAUGCAAAUGAUGAUGAUGAUGGGUGGAAUGGAUCCAUCAACGAUGGACCCAAGCGGCGCCACAGCCAGUGGCAACCCUCCACCACCUCCAGAGGAAAGCAGUACCGGCUCAGCGAAACGCUCGAGAUUCACACCCUACUGA